AGUCGUCAGUAUUUAGUCACCAGCACUCACACCAGUCCUCUGCCAGAUCGUGUGUUUUCGUACCUCGUUCCAGCGUUAUCUUGAUUGUUAUUCCCGUUUUUGAAGCCGUAGUUGGAUCACCCCUGUCUGUUCCGUUGCCUGCCUGCCUGCCUGCCUGCCUGCCUGCCUGCCUGCCUGCCUGCCUGCCUGCCUCUGUGACUUCGCCAUUGCCUGCUCCUCUUGUGCUGUGGCCAAUCUGCCUUUGUGUACCGACCUCCGUCUGUAUCCUGACUCUGAGCUUGUAUUGAAACCCUUAUACAGUACUUACCUGUCUGCCUCCUGUGCUGUGCAUGUGGGUCCGCCAUCUCCAUGGCCGCCGCCGUGACACUGUUGUGUUCAGUGGUUUUUAUUAUCACUUAAAUUAUCAGCCCAAAGAUACAUAUUUAUUUAUUUAUUUAUUUGGUUUUCAAAUACAUUUUAAAGAAAGAGAGAGAGAGUGAGAGAGAGAGAGAGAGAGAGAGAGAAAUAGAUAAUAGGGUUUAUUUUACUACACUGUUACAACAGGAAAACUUCAGUAUGGGAUUUAGGUUUUUAUGUUUUGUUUAGUUUUUUUGUUCAUUUGCCGAUAAAUAUAAAUAACCAUUUAGCUGUAUGUGUAAUUCAUGUGUUAGAAAAUCUUUGAUUUAUCACCUUUGUAACGAUUUUCUGUCCAGUUUGUUGUGUAAGUCGGCCCCAGAGCUUCGUGCCUGUGUUUCAGUCUCUGUUUGUUGUUCUUUCCUGUGUUUGUGCCUCUAUUGAUUUUGGCUGCAGAUCAUUCACACUAUGCCUGAAUGUGGCUCCACUAACAUUGGAGGGGGAAGAAGCUUCAAUCGUCGCCUCAUUCUGCUCUGAGCUCGUCGUUUAACUCAACUUGUUGCAGGAUCUUCCUAAAACAUGUGCAUCAGACACCUUGGAUUUGUUCUUCUGUUUUGGUUUCCUGCAGAACUUCACGGACAGAGUGAGACUCGGUCCUGCGCUGCUCCUGUACUGGUCCACGGUCUGUUUACACCAAAGCAGGACAUUUAUCCUCAUGGAGCAAAGCUGACCUACACCUGUAACAAUGGACAUAAACCAGCAGAUCAGGGCUGGUGGGUUAUGAGCACGUGUAACAAUGGGCUGUGGUCUCCUCCACCACAGUGUAUCGAUGAAAGUAGUUGUGUUCAACCAGACGACGUCCCCAAUACAAUAUACAGUCCAAGCCCAACUGGAUGGUACGAGAAUGGAACGAAGAUACGAGUAAAAUGUAACAAAGGCUAUGAAACCAAAAACAAUCUAUUAACAGGCACUUGUAAAGAUGGAGCCUGGAGAUCAAUGCCUGUCUGUGAGAAAAGUGCAGACUCAUGCAGUGAACCUCCUCAACUCCCUCACGCUGUAAUAAUCAACCAGACACAUCAGGAGGUGUUUGCUGUAGAUUCAGAAGUGAUGUAUCAGUGUGAGGAUGGCUACACCACAGAGCAGGGAGAAUCCAUGAAGUCUGUCACUUGCAUAUCUGGAAACUGGACUGAAGGUCCAACCUGCAGAUCUUCCAGCAGUUCUGGUUCUUCAGUGAGCACGGUCCCAACGGUACCAAUCUCUAACUGUGGAAGACACCCCAUUGUUCAAAAUGCUGUUGUUGUACAAAGUGAUCUGAUGUCUCUGAAAUAUCGCUGCUAUACGUUCUACUCGUUGGAGGGUCCAGAGAUUGUGAAGUGUUACAGUAAUGGCAUGUGGUCAGAUAAACCCACCUGCAAAGUUGCUUAUUGUGUUUUAAACACUAAGGGACAUGAUGUGUUAAAGGACGUUGGACGGAAAUAUAUUAAAAAUGGUGAAACAGUUGAAAUGGAGUGUCAGAAACUGAAGUUUUACUGGGUGACAACACACAAAGCUGAGGUCCAGUGCAAUGAUGGAGAAAUUCAGUUAGGCAGCUGUUGUAGCUCAACUGACGCAGUGUUUACUAACUGUGAAUAAGCUGCAUCACACAGUGACCAGUGACCAUGAAGCAGCCUGGAAGCCACACGCUGGGGUUUAAUCAAUCAUUUCUUGUUUUUUCUUCAUCACUUAAGCCUUUCUACUACAUGUUGUAGAAACAUGUGAGUCUGUGUUAAAAGCUGUGGAAACCAUUGCAUGCGUAACCAUAUUUGUACUUGUGGAGCUAUACUGUUCUUACAUUUAUCAUUUAUGGCGUUAAAAUUACGCACAAAUUGUGGCUAAAUUUACAAGUAAAAUAAUGUGACCUUAAUUUGCCUCCACUCUCUUAUUGGCUAAUGAACAAGGAAGUUGUCGCAGUCCUUUGACGUGGCACAGCAGAUCCUGAAAGCUCCACAAGCAGCAACAAGCUAGUCCUUUUACUGAUGACUUAUUAAUUAUAUUUAAUGAUCAGACAGACAUGAUGGCUCAUAUUCAUGUGUAUGAAGUGUGACGUUACUCUCGUGAUUUGCGGAGGUGAUGCAGUUGAACGUUAAACCGGUGUUUCUAUCAGACGUCAGUGUAGCAUGUUAGCUGACAGGCUAUUAGCAAUGCUAUGCUAUGUUAUGGUGCAGCUGGAGUUAAGGUGGGUAUGUUCUAGUAAUGCUACCGUUGUGACUCUGUGUGAUUGUUUAUCAGACCACAAUAAACACGUGUGCUUUAACAA